AUGGCUUUCAAGUUGGUCGCACUCGUUUGUUUCGUCGCUGCCGCUUCGGCUGGCAUCAUUCCUUUGGAGCACCAUCAGCUGGAGCACCAACAGCAGGCUCAGCUCUAUCAGGCCGCCUCACCACAACAGCAGGUCCUUUACCACAAGGCCCAUGCUCCCGCCCACGAGAUCUACCCCGAUGAUCCCCAUCCCAAAUACAACUUUGCCUACGACGUCAAGGAUGCCAUCUCUGGUGACUCCAAGAGCCAGACCGAGUCCCGCGACGGCGAUGUUGUCCAGGGCGAGUACUCGCUGGACGAUGCCGAUGGCUUCCGUCGCACCGUCAAGUACACAGCGGAUUCCGUCAACGGUUUCAAUGCCGUCGUCCAUCGUGAGCCCCUGACCCACAAGGUGGUGGCUGCCGCCCCAGUCCAAUACCACCACGCUGCUCCCCAAGCCGUUGUGAAGAGCCCAGUGUCCUAUGCCGCCCCUGCCUACAGCGCACCAACCUACGCCUCGCUGCCGGCCCACCACGAGAACCAACACCAACAGGCCGCCACCUAUGCCACCUACGAGGCGCCGGCUGCUCACGAGUCUCACGACUACUAUCACCACUAA